GCACGGAGUACUUCGGCGAACGGUGUUUCAAUGCCGUCGUCCAAUCUUUGGCCGACCGAUCCUGUCGUCCCUGGCAACGGCAGCAGCCCGACAACCGGCCCCCAUGCACGCCGAUACGCCCCACUUUCAUCCCACACGGCCACACGCCCCGUCGAUUCCAACAGUACCAUGGUACCCCCGCGUGCACACGGAUUUGGACAUUUGCGCUGUCAAUGCCAUGGAAGUGGAGCUGGAUGCUGACGAUCCUGGCUUGAACGACCCGGCAUACGUCGCCCGUCGAGCGAUUCUGCGCACCAACGUCCUCAAUUAUCGCCAAGGCAUGCCUCUUCCAUACGUCGAGUACAACGAGUUGGAAACACAAACGUGGGGCACCAUCUACCGCACGAUUCGACCCAAGUGGCUCCAGUACGCGUGCGAAGAGUACCAUGCCGUGCUCAAGCUCUUGGAGCGUGAAAUCGGGUACAGCGACGCCGCGAUCCCGCAAUUUCGAGACAUUUCCGCCUUCCUCGAAGCCACGACCGGGUUUUCGUUGCAUCCCGUCACGGGGUACCUCAGCCCGCGCGACUUUCUCAACGGGCUCGCGUUUCGAGUGUUCUUUUGUACGCAGUACAUCCGCCACCACUCGGUGCCGUUUUACACGCAGGAGCCUGACAUUUGCCACGAAAUCAUGGGUCAUGUUCCCAUGUUUGCGGACGCCGACUUUGCCGACUUUUCGCACGAAAUUGGGCUGGCGUCGCUGGGGGCGACCGACGACGAGAUUGUGCGGCUCGCCGCGGUCUACUUUAUCUCGGUCGAGUUUGGCAUGUACCGGCGCAACGGCGAACUCAAGGCAUUUGGCGCAGGGCUGCUCUCGAGCAUUUCCGAGCUCGAGUUUGCAUGCAACCCCACGCGACCUGCCGGCGGCCGCGACGACUUUGCCGACUACCGCACGUGGUGUCCAUUCGAAGCGUCGACGCAGUCGUACCCCGUGACCGAGUACCAGCCAUACUAUUACGUGUCGGAGAGUGUGGCGCAAGUCAAGGCUGGCGUCCGGGCGUACAUUCAAAGUGUCGACCGCCCCUUUAUUGCGACAUACAACCCGACGACGAAAACCAUCCUGGAAGAUCGUCCGGUGCAUGUCUUGCUGCGGGCCUAAACGUUUGGGUUCCAACGACGUGCAGUCCGGCGGCAUGUCGCCAUGGUUGCGGCGUUGUAGAAACACGAAUGCGUCCCAAUCGAGCGAAAAUCGACUGGCGUUUGAGCGAA